AUGUUCAACACCUCGUUGCGCCGAGUGGCGCGUACGUGCUCCAGCGCCUCCCCGGCGCCCUCUCGCCCAACCACAACUCCCUCGGCAGCCACUUUCACUUCCCACGCCCAUCAACGGCGGCAUUCGUCAUCUAAACCUCCUGUGCCCCCAAACAAUGGCUCGUCCGCCAUCUCAGCAGCUUCCGUGAAGCAAGUGGGAGCCCCGAGAUCAGAGUCGAAGCGACCUGGCGCCGAGUCACGCCUAUCGAAGAAGCGGGCGUCCAAAGACAAGUUGGAGGCAAAGCAAGAACCUCAAGAUGACUGGACCUCCAAACUGCCUUCCGUUCCUAGUUUACAACACUUGAACCCGAAGGAUAUUUACGUAUCAUCCUUCUUUUCGACUCACCGACCACUGUCCAUUACUGGACCAGUCCCUCCAGAGACAACCGUCGAAGCGAUUGACAAGGUUUUCCAACCCAAACCCAAGUCCAAAUCACGCACCGCCCCUCAAGAAGUCAUCUAUACGCUGGCGUCUGCGGUGGAAACCCUUGAUGAACAGAUAGCGAACAAGCAAGGCGACCAUACCUCACAGGGUCCAAAGCAAAAGGCCGCUCUUAUCAAAGCUCUUAUGCGGCGUAAUGAGAACUCCGCAGAUCCUAACCGGACACAGCAUUUAGAUGGACUACCACAAACAAUCAACAUUGCUGGGGCCAAUGUCAAAUUGGUUAUUCAAGAGAUCGCACGACGAUUCAGACCUUUCAAUGUUCCUCCUGCCCCCACACCAAUCAGCGACGCUGAGAUCGAUGCGGCCGAAGCUGGAGCCGCCGCCGCUGAAGAAGCCAACGAAGAUAUGCAAGCCAAGACUCUUGAGGCCGAAAUCCAACAACAAGACUACGACCCAUAUAUCCAGCACGUAGUACUGAACGUUCCACCACGCUCGGAUUUGGAGAAUGACGGCUUCUUCACCAGACACGAUGCUCCCGAGAUUGAAACGGAGGACUCCACUGCUCUUCGAGAAAUGGAGGCUCCCACCUUCGGAAGACGUGUCGGUGGCCGAAGACGAUUUGGCUACACUGGCCUGGACCGUGCAAGGAGGAGUUCAGGAAUGUAUGCAAUCAGCGUCAAGAGACAAAGACGAUUGAAGAUGAAGAAACACAAGUAUAGGAAGCUGAUGCGCAAGACGCGCAAUUUACGGAGGAAAUUGGGGCAGAUAUAA